AUGAUCAGGGUGAAGGCCCCUAUAUUGCAACUACUGCUCGCCGUCACUCUACUCCUCCACUCCGCAGUUGCUCGACCUCCAUCCCCUGGUAGGCAUGCAUACCACCCCAUCAGAAGCGUAGCCUACAAGCCUUGGGAGUUGGCUCAAUUCCAUCUCGACCCUUUCCAGCUCACGCAUAUGUGUAUCGAAUGCAAGAAGAACAUAUGGGAUUCCUUGCUCGGUUGUGAGAUUCAAUUCAACUGGGACGACCCUAACGCAAACCAAUCCUGCACCUGCCACUCCCGCUGGCAAUGGGACGGCGCCACGCGGACCCAGGGCCCGCUAAACAACUACAGCACGGAGUACUCCGCGUGCAAGGUCGAGCGCGGCGCAGCCUUCCAGUUCAAGUUCAUAGACCUCUCCGAGCUGUCGAACUUCGGCCUCGAGCUCACGCACAUGUACAAGGAUACCGAAAACUUCCCGACGCCAACGGUGGCGAAUAUGUUUGCCCAGACGAAUGUCACACUCCAGGUAGUUGAGAGGUCGAAUACUUCAAUCACCUACUCUUCCCCCUCCGACUGUCCUGUGAAGGCGAAUAUCACGGGGGUGACAAUUUGA